AUGAUUCAAGUCCCUGCCCAGGCGUCAGACUCAUGGGAGGAGGCCGUUGUAAAAUAUGUGAAGAGCCUGGAUCCCGACAAACAGCGCGAGUUCCAAGCGCCCGCCACGGUCGAGGCAUGCUUACAGAUUCUAUCCACAAACGGCACGAGGAAAAGAGGCUUCACCCGGAUAGCCGAGUUCCUGGGACCCGUCAUCGAUCCCCUCAACCGGCUAGAGGGAACUCUCGAUGUCAUUGUCCAAGUCAACGCUGGGAUUGCGUCACCGAUAUGGGCCUUGGAACGACUCGCGUUUAUUGUCGACAAGAUUGCACAAUCAGUUCAGCGCUAUCAGGAUCUAGCAGCGCUGUUUGCUUCUCACGCCGGAGUCCGGGAGGCAGUCGGGCGACUAUACUGUGAGAUUCUGCGGCUAUGCACCUGUAUGAUCAAGUAUCAGACACGCCGACUUCGAUAUAUUUUGAAUCCGUUUGGAAAAGAAUUCGCGUCCAUCUCGGAGUCGGUGGACUAUCGGGCAGCGGAGAUAGACCGUGCAGCUCAAGCAGCUCAUUUCCAAGAGGCCAAGGAAGUGAGAGAGAAAUGGGCCCGGGAUAUGCGAGAGCAAAAUCUGCAUCGAAUCCGGUGUUGGUUAUGUCCUUCCACAGUCGAGGAUGACUUGCAGCGACUCCUUUCCCACUAUUCAGAUGGAUCCUGUGACUGGGUGCUGCAGUCUGAUCAAUUCCAGAAAUGGUUGUUGCCAUCCGGAAACGAGACGCUGGAGAUUGUCGGCCGCCCUGGUAGUGGAAAGAGCACUCUUGCUGCUUUGCUCGUCAAACACUUGUCGCAGUAUGGACAGGUUCUGUACUUCUUCUGUGAUAGAAACAAUCCCGAGAAACGAGAAUCAGUCUGCAUAAUGAGAACGCUUCUGGCGCAGCUCUUGCAGCACGAACCAAGCAUGGCUGACCAGAUGCUGAGUACUUACCAGCGCAGUGGAAGAGCCGUCCUGGACUCGGUGGAGAUGACGGCGGAUUUAUUCCAACAGACGCUCACCCAUCUCGAAGGUACGAAGCGUUACUUUAUUGUAAUCGAUGGUGAUUAUGAGGAUCUAAGUAUUCUUUAUUGGCGGCAUUUUCUAAUCCCAAAGCUUGACUCCGCGAGCAGAGCCCAAGGACGAGUCGAUUGCGGACAGGGCUCGAGCGAGCGCGCUCAAUAUAAAUCCUUGACCAAGUUCGGUUUUAUGUACAAAGGCGGAUUCAGGGGAUCCCCCAUUGCGAACACCAGUCUGGGGGAACAGGUUGCGAACAGAAUCUCAAGACAGGCCGACGGCCUGUGGUUGUACGCACAGCUACUGAUGGAUGAUAUUGAGCGGGCGCCUAGCCGAAAAGCCGUCACAGCGUGUCUCUCAUCUCUGCCCCAGGGUCUCUCCGAGGUUUACGACCGCAUAGUCCAAGAGAAUACUGGCCGACUCUCGGAUUACGAAAGAAGAUUUGCUCAGUGGUUUUAUGUCUGGCUAGAUAUCAGCGACAUUUUGCCCGGUUUCCUACUCCAGGAGGAAGACCGUCUGCCCCUUCAGAUCAUGGACAUUGUGUUCCAGUACGUUAAUGAUGGGGAGCCUGUGUUUGACACGCCUGGCUUAGCGAAAAGACUGGCCGGCCCUUUGGUGGAUGUUCGUCAGACGAUUACAGGCUACGAAGUAGCGGCUGUCCACCAGACCUUCUAUCGAUAUCUUUCGACGACGAGCUUCGGGACCGAUUCGCACGUAUCACCGCAGCCACUACGGACGAGGAAACUGUCUCGAGGGAUCGCGGCAGUGUGGUAUUUCACUGAAUGCGCAGAGUCGAAGCAGCAUCUAGACGAGUUAAGAAGUGCUUCGUCAGCGCCGAUAAGCUUUUACCGAUUUGAAUCCCACUUCCCUUUUCAUUACGCUCUACUGCAGGCAUUGAAAUCCACACAUUUCUGUUCGGACGAACGUGCGUACAACACGGAGCCCUCGGAAGAAGACAUGAUGGUGCAGCAGCUUACGGAAUUUCUGACGUCUGGAAAAUGCCUGCGUUGGUUCGAAAUAUCAACCAUGAUUAACUUUUCUGGAAAUUUCAGCGCGCUUCUUAACAAUGUUCUGGGCGUGCUCGCAGAACUGUCUGAUGAUCCGUCCAGGAACCGUUCUAAUUCUCCAGCGUUGGCGGCCUUCAAUGAACAGCGAGUGGCGUUUUUCAAGAAUUGGAAAGCCAUCUGGAUUCAGUGA